AACCACUUUCACAUGCGCCGGGAAGCAUCGCAACGGCUAUUCGGAUGCUACGCCAAACCCCAAGGGGCCCUGACAGCAGGUGCCUCGGCAGUCAGCCUCGGCAUGAAGCUAAGCAUCAUGCAUGCACCCAGCACAGCUAUCGCGACGGCCGCCAUGAGGGUGGGCUGAUCAUCAGCAACCCAUAAUUCCAGGAACCCGACGAUCCCGGAGUAUAUCCUCUUACUAUCCUGUCUUCCGACUUAAAGUUGGUGCACCCCCAUACGUUACUCCCCUGACUUGGAUGUCGGAUCCGCUUCUCGCAGCCUCUUCCCCGCAUCUCCCGCACGCUCUUAUACAACGCCUGCGCCGCCGCCUCGCGAAUACCUCACAAUCGUCGCCGCAAAACAUCGCGUCUGCUUGACGAAUAUCUAAAAUGCCAGUCUUUGACCUGAAGAAGAACCUCGUCUUCUAUGGCGCAUACCACCGCGAUCCAACAAACGUCGCCAUCCACAUAGCAUGCGUGCCUGUCUUGCUCGCAACAGGAAUCCUCUUUGGCACCAAUACACCCACCCUCCCCAUCCGCCAGCACCCGCUGCUGACACGCCUCAACCUCCCUUUAAACCUAGGCACCAUCGCCGCAGCCACAUAUUCGACCUUGUACCUUAUGCUCUCCCCAAACCUCGCCGGCGUGACCGUCACACCCAUGAUUCUCGCCUUCGCAUCCCUCUCCAACCGCCUCACGCAGCGCUACAACAAGACCAAAGUCAAUAGCAUCGCCGCCGCCAUCCAUGUCGUGAGCUGGAUACUACAAUUCGUCGGACAUGGAAAGUUUGAGGGACGGAAGCCGGCUUUGCUAGACAAUCUGGUCCAAGCCCUGUUUCUGGCACCGCUGUUCGUGUGGUAUGAGAUCUUGUUCAAGAUGGGUUUCUACAAGACACUCAGGAGAGAAGUCGACAUGGGUAUUGAGGUGGAGAUCGCCAAGUUGAAGGCGAAGAACGCUGGCAAGGGUAAGGGCAAGGAGACUGUGAUGGAUGAUGUGAUUGAUAUUGUGGACAAUGAGAAGGAGAGUAGUGAUGAAGCUUGAAGGUGUAAUAGGUUUACGUUUCCGUAUAUCUGAGCAAUGGUAGGACAAUCCCGAGUAUGACAUGGUGUGCGAAUGGUCACCAUCGCUCCCAGCAUCGACCAGCCGCACAGGCAGUACUGUACAAACAAAAAAACACCCCCUUUUUAUCCACACAUCCGUAGCACGCAACAUAAUUUAGUAUCCCAGAUUCCCA